AUGGAUACUUCAUGUUCAAAUGCCACAUUGAGCGAUAGUGAUAAUGAAGAAGAGGCUAAAGAAGCACCUGAUCCUCUAUAUUCUGUGCUAAAAGAUCCCACAAGAGAUAUGUCAAAACUGGUAUGACAGUUUUUAUUCCUCGAAACAUGCUAAAAUCACCUAAGGUUGUUCAAUCUCUUGUUAGAAACAACAUUUCAUCUUCUGCAAUAUCUUCUGUUGUGCACGACAUUGUCACAGCAGUUGAUGGAGAUCCAUCUAAACUUAGCCUUAGCUAUGCAACAACACAAAGAUAUAGAGUUGAAACUGUCAAGACAAUUGCAGAUAAAAUUAAGGAAAAUUGGACUCCACCAUCCACUGCAAACCUCCACUGCGAUGACAAAUUGAUGGCUACCUUGGAUGGUGCUGGUCAACAAGAAAGAUAACUAGUUCUUCUAUCAGGUGUUGGCAGGACAAAGCUGCUAGGAGUACCCGCAAUUCCUCACAAGUCUACAGAAAAGACUGGGGAUUUGAUUUCAGAAGUUAGCAUUGAAUUAAUAGAGGAAUGGAAUUGUGCUGAGUGUGUGGCAGGUAUGGUUUUCGACACGACCAGCUCAAAUACAGGGUGCAAAACUGCUGCAUGUGUGGCGCUACAAAAUAGACUCAAUCGUCCCCUCUUAUGGUAUGCAUGUCAUCACCAUGUUGGUGAAAUCCUUCUGACUCAUGUGUGGGAUGCCUUGAAAAUUGUGAAAAGUGUCAAAAAGUCCAGAAAUUCUCCUAUUUAAAAGAUUGUUACCAGAGAAGUACCAGGCGGGAAGCGAAUUCUAAUGAUAAAUAUUAAAGCCCAGCAAAGUGCUUUUAAAAGAGCCAUAAACCAUUAAAUUUAAAAUUUUUAUUAAAGAUUUAGUAACGUUUCGUCUUAACUCAAGACAUCUUCAGACUAUAUUAAAUUACAAGCUGUAAGAGUAAUUAAGCAUAAAGUAAAGUUAUCAUAGCAAUAUUAAAUUACAAGCGAAUACGAGGUACACAAAACGUAAGGAUAAGAAAGGAUAAUGAAGGGAAGUGACGGACAAAAAUGAGAACAGACAAAUUAGACGACAACACAAACAGACAAAACAUAAAAAAGAGAUCAGAAUACGUGAAGAGGAAUUGAACUGCCUUGAACGUUGAGAGAGGGUUUCAUUUUAGAGAUAAAAAAGCUUUCAUAAAUAAGAAGUUCUUGUUCAUCUGAACAAGAGGAGAGGAUUUCGAAGUCGUCAAUAGAAGCAGCGUGGCCUGUGGAUGUGAGAUGUGAGAAAAUGCUGGACUGGGGAGGAUUUUUACAUUGUUUGCCAGUGAUAGGAGUGAUACCCAGGUGUUCCGAAACUCGGGUGUGUAGAUGGCGCGUGGUUUGACCCACAUACGAUGCGGAACAGCAUCGACACGUAAAAGAGUACACUACACCCGACCUCAUUCUACCCGGCAUUUAUUAAGACCCGAAUAAAAGACAUAGCUCAUUCUGGUUUCCGGAGCUAUAGUCGGCCGAAUUUCUUAUACUCGAAAGAAGAGAUCAACAUGCUAAAUGACUUACGAAAAAACAGUAACAUCGUGAUAAUGAGACCUGAUAAAGGUAACGGCGUUGUUAUUCUAAACAAAGAUGACUACAACAAAAAAAUGGAGGAAAUUCUGUCUGAUAACACGAAAUUUGAACUCUUGAAUGAAGAUCCUGUCAAAGCAACACUACAGCGCGAAAAUCAUGUCAAGACUCUGCUGAAAAAUCUGAAAACGUCUGAAUCAAUUGAUCAAAAAACUUACAAUGAACUGUAUCCUACAGGUUCACGCUUAGGCAUCCUGUAUGGACUACCUAAAACACAUAAAUGUAAUAUCCCACUUAGGCCAAUCCUUUCUUGCAUUAAUCAUUAUUCGUAUAAUAUUGCUAAAUUCUUUAUUCCUCUUCUCACUCCCAUCUCGACCAGCACUUAUGUCAUUAAGGAUUCCUUCUCUUUCGUCCAGGAACUUCUUUCUUCUGAUCUUGAUACGAGUAAUGUUAUAAUGGCUAGUUUUGAUGUUACUUCACUCUUUACUAACAUCCCUGUUGAUGAAACGAUUGAGAUAAUUACUAAUCGUUUGUUUUCUAACUGUUGUAGAUUUCAUGGCCUCACUCGUUCUGAUUUUACUAAACUCUUAAGUCUUUCUGUCAAAAAUUGUCAUUUCGUGUUCAAUGGUCGUUUAUAUCAUCAAGUUGACGGCGUAGCUAUGGGUAGUCCUUUAGGACCUUUGUUUGCUAACAUAUUUAUGUCCUUUCACGAAAAGGAUUGGCUUCACAACUGUCCUUCGUCUUUCAAACCACUUCUCUAUAGACGAUAUGUUGACGAUUGUUUCCUACUUUUCCGUUGCUCAGAGCAUGUACAGCUCUUUCUCACAUAUCUUAAUCGCCAGCACACCAACAUUCGCUUCACUAGUGAGGUUGAACGUGAUGGUAAGCUCCCAUUUCUUGACAUUGACAUAUCCCGCUCCAAUGGAAAAUUUUCUACUUCUGUUUACCGUAAACCUACGUUUACUGGUCUUUUUACUAACUUCCAUAGCUUUAUUCCACUUACAUACAAACGCAGCAUAAUAUCUUGCUUAAUACACCGCAUCUUUAGCAUUUGUUCUAGCUAUGAGACUUUCCAUCACCAACUUGAAGCAGCACGUAGAAUGUUUAUCUUAAAUGGUUUCCCUUCUCAUAUGUUCGACCGAUGUGUUAGAACUUUUCUUAACAAAGUAUUUCAACCUAAGCUACCUGUUCAUACUGUUCCUAAGAAAAUAAUUUAUUUCUGUCUCCCUUUUACGGGCACUCACUCCUUGCAAAUUCGCACGCAAAUCAACCGUCUUUGUCGUGCUGCUUUCCCACAUCUUGAUAUAAGAUUUGUCUUUCGAUCAACUAAACGGCUCUCAACCUUUUUCUCUUUUAAGGACAAAAUACCCAAAGCACUGAAGUCGGGUUUAGUGUACUCUUUUACGUGUCGAUGCUGUUCCGCAUCGUAUGUGGGUCAAACCACGCGCCAUCUACACACCCGAGUUUCGGAACAUCUGGGUAUCACUCCUAUCACUGGCAAACAAUGUAAAAAUCCUCCCAGUCCAGCAUUUUCUCACAUCUCACAUCCACAGGCCACGCUGCUUCUAUUGACGACUUCGAAAUCCUCUCCUCUUGUUCAGAUGAACAAGAACUCCUUAUUCAUGAAAGCUUUUUUAUCUCUAAAAUGAAACCCUCUCUCAACGUUCAAGGCAGUUCAAUUCCUCUUCACGUAUUCUGAUCUCUUUUUUAUGUUUUGUCUGUUUGUGUUGUCGUCUAAUUUGUCUGUUCUCAUUUUUGUCCGUCACUUCCCUUCAUUAUCCUUUCUUAUCCUUACGUUUUGUGUACCUCGUAUUCGCUUGUAAUUUAAUAUUGCUAUGAUAACUUUACUUUAUGCUUAAUUACUCUUACAGCUUGUAAUUUAAUAUAGUCUGAAGAUGUAUUGAGUUAAGACGAAACGUUACUAAAUCUUUAAUAAAAAUUUUAAAUUUAAUGGUUUAUGGCUCUUUUAAAAGCACUUUGCUGGGCUUUAAUAUUUAAAAGAUUUAAAGAGAAUUUUGCAUCCAUUACACGCCAAAAUAAAGACCUUCACUUUCCAGAACUCCCUGUUGAUUUAUUGGAAAGAAAAAGUGAAGUUUUAGAACUGUGCAAGAACUACCUGAAGCAGCCGUUUAGCAGGGGAGGCUACAAGGAACUUGUCUCUUUAGCCCUUCUUUACCUGAGUGAAGGAAAUGAGGUAGAAGCAUUAGAAGGCUUUUCAUUCAGCAGACCUGGUGCAUUACACAAAGCUCGUUGGAUGGCAAAACUUCUCUAUGCCAUUAAAAUGGAUCUAUUGGGUACCAAAAUUUUGGGUGAACUUCCAAGAGGUGCUAUAUUUGCAACUUGUCAGCUCCAGAAUAUACGUCGUUUUGUUCAGUUUGUUGUUUUCUGUUAUAUCCCCUGGUGGCUGACAGCACCUGUACCCUCGACUGCACCAAAAAAUGAUCAACUACUCAUCAAUUCUCUCAUCAACUAUAAGGAAAUAGAUGAUGUGAUUGCUGUGGCAGCUAUCAAGUGUUUUGGUAACCAUAUGUGGUAUCUUACAGAGGAACUUGUACCAUUAGCUCUUUUCAGCAACACAAUAAAUGUUGACAUCAAAGAGAAGAUGGUGACCAGGAUGUUGAAGCUUGGAGAAGGUGGUCUAUGUACAAAGAGGCAUGGUACAGGGUUUGGAAAGCCAACAUUUCCUAUGAUGCCAACAAAGGUAACAGAAGACCUAUCUAGAUAUGUGGGGAUAGAUUCUUGGUCUUUUUUCAAAAUAAUGAAGAUAAAACCAGAUUUCCUUUGCAAAUCUCUAACUGAUUGGGAGAGUGAUGAUGAUGGGCACAAAAAAGCUAAGCUCAUUGUAAAUAGCAUCAGUGUGGUAAACGAUGCUGCAGAGAGAGGUGUCAAGCUUGGUUACGAUUUUCUGGGAACAGCUGUUAAGGAAGAACGCUACCAGCGAGUAUUGCAGGUAGUUGAAAACUCCAGACAUACACUACCAAAUGCAAGAAAGAGAAAAUUGUUUUCAUCUUCAUGGUACCUCACUCUUUAA